GUAAAUCGGUAGCGGUCGCAUUUAUUUAUCUCUGAAUAUAACUUCGCUUUUCCGUGUGAAAAUCACUGUCGAAAACUGUGUAAUUUGUCCUAGUGAUUGUUGAUGACUCAAGGAAUACAUUUGGUGAAUUUCUUGUAAUUCUAGUGAGUUUAACUCUAUAUUUACUCUUUUUUCUGUGCCGUUCGUUCAUCAAACAGUAACAGUUUAUUUUGAUAUUCGUACACGAUGCCGCCUCCCUCUACCUGUGGAGUGUGCGAGUCCGCUAUCAGUGGCGAUAAUAACGAAUAUAACGAUAGCCUUCAUUGUUCAGUAUGCUUCGAACAGACGCAUCGGACGUGUGGUCAGCUGCUCUCAGAUUCGACGUGGACAUGUACGAAAUGCGCCGAAAAUUCAGACUCUUCCUUUAAAUCGACUGUAGCUAUGAAUAAGGAUGAACCUCUGACGGUCAAGCACUUUGAAUUGAUCAUGAAGCAGCUCUCUUCCCUCAACAGUUCUAUCAUUUCAUGCAACAAACAUAUUGAAGACCUGCAUUCUCUAGUGGCCUCUCAUGCAACUGCCAUUUCCAACUGUCCCCGCCAAGCCGAAUUCCUCGCCACCCUCUCAACGGCCGCCCAACCAUCUUCGGGCGGCCGAAGACACUCGGUGGUGACCAUCUCGCGGAUGCCGCCCGCCAUGUUCGGCCGGCACAGGCGCGAGUCAGUGGCUGCCUUCCCCAGCGGAGGGGCGGCUCUGGGCAGGGUGCUGCCCAACAGGCGGGAGUCCAUCGCCUGCCCUCCUAGCACGGAGCCAAGAGCGUCGUUCCUUCUGUCGAUCAUCGGCAUCACAAACACCGUCGGUCGCAUCGCCUGCGGCUACUUUGCCGACUUCCCGCAAGUCAACGCGUUGUUCGUUAACAAUGUCUGCCUGAUCAUAUCUGCCGUGGCCGUGUCGUUGACUCCGAUCUGCCACACCUACGGGUUCUACAUCGCCAUUUCGAUAAUGUUCGGCAUCGCAGUGUGGGCGGCCGCCAUCGUCGGCUCUCCCCUAGCGGGCGCCCUCUACGACGCCACCCAUUCCUACAAAGUGCCCUUCUACGUGGCGGGCGGGCUGUUCGCCCUGGCCGCCGUCACCAGCUUCCUGGCGCCCUGCCUCAAAGGGUUCGGUGACGCUCUCACGCCCAUAGAUGAAGACGAAGAAGAAGACGAGCCUAUCACCAUGGGCCACCAGGGCGGCAAACGUUUGCCCACAAUAGUGAAAACCGCAUCGAGUCCAGACGAGAAGGAAAUCCAGAUGAAGGAGUCCGUAUUGUGA